AUGGCGGAGUUCGCGCUUGGGUUGACCAAGUCGGCGGUGGAGGGGACGCUGAGCAGGGUGAAGUUGGCGAUCGAGGAGGAUGCCAAGCUCAAGAUCCGGGUGCAGAAUGAUCUGCUGUUCAUCACUGGCGAGUUUCAGAUGAUGCGAUCGUUCCUCAACGCCGCGAACGCUGAGCGGACGAGGAACGACGUGGUGCAGACAUGGGUGAGGCAGGUGCGAGACCUUGCCUUCGACGUGGAGGACUGCGUGGAGUUCGUCGUCCACCUCGAUAAGGGGUCUCCAUGGACCAACUGGUUCUGGCGCGUGCUGCCAUCCUGCAUCGCGCAGCCGCUGCCCCUGGAUGAGGCGGUCGCAGAGAUAAAACAGCUCAAGGCCAGGGUGGAGGAUAUAAGUCAGAGGAACACGCGAUACAACCUUAUCAGCGACUCCGGCUCCAGCUCCAAGCAUCCAGUUAGCGUCUCCUCUGUGGUGUCGGAGCUUAUGCCAGCCUCCACUGAAGUAGGCGAAACAGCAGAUCCAUUCAACACCCUAUGCAAGGUGUGGGAGUCUACUGGGAAGCUACGUGACAUGGGUGACCUAUGUAAGCUGAUCAACAAUGAUGGGGACGACCUUGAGGUGAUCUCUCUAUGGCAAAGUCCAGGAGCUGGUCAUCUUGGGGUGAAUCACGUCAUCAGGCAGGCGUACAAUCACCCAGAAAUUAACAGGAAUUUCAAAAGCAUGGCCUGUAUAAAGCUGUUGCAUCCUUUUAACCCGGAGGAGUUCCUCAAGACCUUGCUCAGUCAGGUCUUUGCAAGCUCUCACCACCAAGCAAAUAUAGGUGUUGUGGACUUCCGGAAAAAGAUGAAAGCAGCGGUGGCCAUAGAAGACGAGCUCAUGCAGCAAAUGUGCAAACAAAGGUAUCUUGUUAUUGUGGAAGAACUAUCCACCGUGGCAGAGUGGGAUGCCAUCAGAAUGUACCUGCCCAAUAGUAAAAAUGGCAGCCGGAUUGUCGUGGCGACACAAGAGUUGGGACUUGCACUCUCCUGCACGGGCGACCCUUAUCAAGUAUCAAUCCUCAGACAACUCUCCAAUGGUCAAUCUCUUUGUGCCUUCUUCAACAAGGUCAGCGGACGUCGCAGUGAUAUGAGUGAACUUAUUUUGCAAUUAAGACGUCCUGGUGUGGUCUCAGUCUGGAACGAUAAUUCUCUUGUUGAUAAAGUGUACACAUGCAUUACACAUAAGUCAAAGGAAAUAGACGGAGUUGGGUUUAAACGACACGUCAGGGUGGAUUUACCUAACAAUCUCCAUUUUAUGGAUUUCUGUCGACGCCUACUUUUAAGUUUUCACUCAGAUGAUUUUCAGGCCAAGGAAAUUAGAGAGGUUUUUAUAAGGGGAGACGGGGAAAUAAUCGAACGGUGUCGUAGGUUUCUGCGUGAAAAUGAGUGCCUCAUUGUUAUUGGUGGUCUGAACUGCACAACUUCCUGGAACUGCAUAAAAGGAACAUUUUUAUCCGAGCCAAUUAAAAGUUGUAUCCUAGCCCUUGCAGAUGGACAUCCGAUGGCCAUAUAUUGUGUUGAUGAGGAAUGUCAAUUAUUCAAUGCCGAAGAUUUGGAUGCGGACACUGUACUUCGUCGUUCGGUGAAGGAUUACGACUACUACCGAUUUGAGGGCAGGGAGGAAUCCAGCAUGGGUUGCCUUUUCCCCAACAGAAGGAAAAGAGCAAGUGACUGGAUCAACAAAUUUCAGCAUAUGGUUCCUCUGGAUAGAGUUUGUGGUCGGCUUCUGGAUAGAGUAAGAGAUGGUGGUGUGAUUUCCUUGUGGGGGACCCCCGGUGAUGGGAGAUCGGCUAUUGCUAGGAGAAUUUAUUACAAGCAAUUGCUUUUUGAACGUGAAAACGGCAUGCCCCCACCGCCUGCAGGAUACAAUCAAGAAAAUCCUGACCUUGGAUUCAUAAAUUUUAGCUGGAUUGAGGUCCCGAAUCCGUUUGAUCUGACAGACUUGUGUUGGCGAUUAAUUUUGGAUUUCUAUUCCGAUAAUAUGGAUAAGGAAAGAGUAGCUGUGGAUAUGAUGUACCGAGAACCAGACCCGAUUCAACGGUGUCGUAGUAUUCUGCGUGAAUUCAAAUGCUUGGUUGUUGUUCGUGGUCUACAGUCCACUGAUGACUGGGACAAAAUGAGAGAUGCUUUAUUGUCGGAUGGGCCUAUCAGUGGAUGUAUCAUUGUCAUUACAAACGAAGAAAGUGUCGCCAAAUAUUGCGUACAUAAAGAUGGUCAAGUGUUCAUCUCACAACUAAGGAAAGAUCGUCGAGUUCUCAGUCGCACUGGGGACUUAGUAAGGAAGCCCUCUGCCUAUGUUGGUUCUCAAAAUCACAGGAGAUGCAUUUUCUCCACUAGAAUGGAAGAGGCACGUGAUUGGUUCAACAAAUUUGAACUUAUCGGGCAUGACAAUGAGUCGCGGAGCAUCUUGGAGCAGUUACAACAGCAUGACUCCUGUGUGAUAUCCGUGUGGGGGAUUGCAGGUGCGGGGAAAUCAUAUGUAGUCCGAAGCAUUUACUACUCGAACAUGAUUGGCAUUGAGAGCAAUUACAACGGCUGUCUGGGGAAAGCCACAAAGUAUAGUUGGGUGGAUGUGCCCCAUCCGUUCAAUUUGUCAGACUUAUCUAGGCGUUUGCUUAUGGAUCUUCAUUCGGAUGACCUUGCCGCAAAAGAAACUGUGAUAAUUGGUAUGAUGGAAGGGCAGGAUCCAAUUCAAGAGUGUCGUAAGUUACUGCAUCAAUACAUAUGCUUUUUUGUUAUUCGUGGACUGCGCUCCAUAGAUGAUUGGGAUUUGAUGAAAGCUUCCCUGUUACCCGAGCGUGUUAAAGGUUGUAUACUUGUCAUUACAAAUGACAAAAGUGUCGCCACUCAUUGUGCACAAAAAGAUGGAGUGAUCAAUGUUAAAGGUCUAGAUGCUAAUGAAACUGAUGAUCUAUUCCGAAAGAUAAUUCAGGAUGACGGGCUAUUGCUUUCUAACAAGGUGGUUGAGUUCUCAAAACUUAUCCUCGCCAAGUGUGGAGGCCUUCCUAGAGUAAUUACAGCUAUGGGAAAAUACUGCAAAAACCUUAGGUGGUUCUGGGAAGUAGAUAGCGAAUUAUUAAAUAAACCAAAAGAAAAUUUGUUGCACAAUAUUGAUGGUGGCUUUAUGACGUGGUUGGAGACGGAUCAAAGUUUCCGUGAUUUAAGAAGUCUAUUUUGUUGGAUGCAGUCCUACUUUGAUGCUUGCUCGGAUUCUCUCAAGCCAUGUAUCUUUUAUCUCUCUGUCUUUCCUGCAAGCCAAAACAUUAGACGGAAGCGUCUGUUAAAGCGGUGGAUUGCUGAGGGUUACUCCAGGGACACAUCAGGUAGUAGUGCGCUGGAAAAUGGGGAAAGGUUGUUUUCUGAGCUUGUUGGCUUGAGCAUAAUCCAUCAGUCGGCCGAGGUGUGCCAAGUCAAUGGUUUUUUCCAUGAAUACAUUAUUUCCCGGCCAAUGGAGGAUAACCUUGUGUUUGCAUUGAAGGGGUGCUGCAGCCUCAACGCUCAACGUGCUGGACAACACCUCGCCAUAAGCAACAACUGGGAUAGAGAUGAGAUUGUAUUUCGGAGCCUGGACUUGUCACGGCUGCGGUCAUUGACAGUGUUUGGGAAGUGGAAGUCAUUCUUCAUCUCUGCCGAUGUCAAUAUGAGAUUGCUCCGGGUGCUAGAUCUGGAGGAUACCACAGGUAUAAAAGAUGGUGACAUCGAGCAAAUCGGGAAGCUACUACCACGUCUCAAGUUCCUCUCCCUUAGAGGGUGUAUGGAAAUCAACCUUCUGCCGGAUUCAAUAGGUGACAUGAGGCAGCUCCAAACUCUAGAUAUAAAAAACACCUCCAUCGUCACCCUGCCAGUGACUAUCAUCAAGCUGGAGAAGCUACAAUACAUCCAUGCUGGCACAACUCACGAAACACGUGAUUUAGGUGAUGGCAUGGUUGUGAUGCAACCACUAGUUGGUGAAGAUCAGCCAUCUACAACAAUAGAAGACGGGAGCAGUAAUGGCGCCGCCACAAGUCUACCUCCAGCAGAAGCAACCAGCAGUCUACGAGCAGCAGAAGGAACCACCAGUCUACCGCCGGAAGAGGCAACCACGAGUCUAACAUUAGCAGAAGCAACCACGAGUCUAGCACCAGUAGAAGCAAAAACACCAUGGAGCAGCUGGCAAUGUGCCCUGGCUCCGAGCUGGUUGUCCAAAUUAAGCAAACAUGCACUUGUUGGUGGCACUGAUAACAAAGGUGUUAAGCUCAUUCCUGCUGCUGCAAAGGGAAUUCGAAACCUGACAGCCUUGCAUACUCUUGGUGUUGUCAAUGUUGGUAGUACUUCAGGUGGAAAUACCGUCCUCAGAGAGCUCAGGAAGCUUACACAGUUGCGCAAGCUAAGAUUGUCUGGGAUCAACCUGAAAAACUGGGAGCUUUUUUGCUCUGCCAUCUCUGGUCGCGGCUAUCUUGAGUCAUUGUCAGUACGACUCGAUGAGUGUCCAAGAAGUGCUGUUGUAUUUGCUAAUUUCAGUAACAUCCUUGAGCCACCCAAGACUCUUAAAACCCUUAAGGUGUAUGGGAAGAACAUACACAUAUCACCAGACUGGAUCAAGCAGCUUCACAAUCUCACAAAGGUGGACCUUGAUUUGACCUUAUCAACGCAAGAAGACAUAUUCUGCACUAUGGAAUUGCCACGUCCAGAUAUCUUUCGCCGUGCUUGCGUGAGGCCGAUUACAGAGGGUGAGCUCACUUUUGGUUUAGAUCGGGAACUUGAUUAUGGCGAGGCCUACUUCGCCCUCCGCAGCAUCCAGAUUCUCAAGAUUGAUUGCAGAUACACUUUAGCGUGUAAUUUUGGAUCUGAUGUAACUAUUGAGGUAGUGGUGGUUCACUGCUCUACUGUUGGUUCGUCUUGGGAUCUUUCCGGGCUAGAAAAAUUAUGUGGCCUUAAGGAAGUCUGGCUUACAGGUUCAUAUAGCGACGAACUGAAGCAACACUUGCAGCAGAAAGUUGCCCAGCACCAGAAGAAACCUGUCCUGAAGCUGGAGGCCCAACCACGUUCUCGUUCCGUUUGCUACAACUGUUGUGUGUGACCACCAAACAGUCUUCAAAAUCAAAAGGACCUACUACUUGUCAUUUCCAUAUAAUGCUGAAAUACAUGCUAGUUGCUUUUUCUUCUGCUUUCUUAUUAAUCUGAUGUA